AGGUUUUGAGAUCCCCACCAUUGAAAAGAAUUGGGGAGACUCCCUCCCAUAUCUUUCCCCAUGAGCCCCAUUGCACGGAAGCGAUGGAGGAAUCCUGUUGGCAGGAGGAAGAGGUGCUUUCUUUUAGCUGAUAGUAGCCCUCUGCCACUGACCUCCCGCCCCUUUCUUGCAGUGUUGGAGCACAGCGCAUCUCCCCGCAGCCUGCUUCCUCCCACAGAACACUUUUCCCGCCUCCGAACCUCCGGCAAGAUGUUACUGUUACUGCUGCUGCUCCCCGUGUGCUGGGCCGUGGAGGUCAAGCGGCCCCGCGGCGUCUCCCUCACCAACAUUCACUUCUAUGAUGAGUCCAAGCCUUUCACUUGCCUGGACAGCUCGGCCACCAUCCCUUUCGAUCAGGUCAAUGAUGACUACUGUGACUGCAAGGAUGGCUCAGAUGAGCCAGGCACGGCCGCCUGUCCCAACGGCAGCUUCCACUGCACCAACACAGGCUACAAGCCCCUGUACAUCUCAUCCAGAUGGGUCAAUGAUGGAGUUUGUGACUGCUGCGACGGGACGGACGAGUACAAUAGUGGGAUCGUCUGUGAGAAUACCUGCAAAGAGAAGGGCCGUAAGGAGAGAGAGACAUUGCAGCAGAUGGCAGAGGUUACGCGUGAGGGGUUCCGCCUGAAAAAGAUCCUUAUUGAGGACUGGAAGAAGGCCCGGGAGGAGAAACAGCAAAAGCUCAUUGAGCUACAGACCAGAAAGAAGUCCCUGGAGGAGCAGGUGGAGAUGCUGCGGAUGGUGAAGGAGGAGGCUGAGAAGCCAGAGAAGGAGGCCAAAGACCAGCACCAGAAGCUGUGGGAAGAGCAGCAGGCCGCCUCCAAGGCCCAGCAGGAGCAGGAGCUGGCGACCAGUGCCUUUCAGGAGCUGGACGACGACAUGGACGGGGUGGUCUCGGUGGCCGAGCUGCAAACCCACCCAGAGCUGGACACUGAUGGGGAUGGGGCACUAUCAGAAGGGGAAGCCCAGACCCUGCUAGGGGGAGACAUGCAGAUGGAUGCCACCACCUUCCAUGACCGAGUCUGGGCUGCCAUCAGGGACAAGUAUCAGUCUGAGGCGCUACCCACGGAUUCGCCUGUGCCUUCUGCUCCUGACCUGACGGAGCUCAAGGAGGAGCAGCCCCCGGUUCCCUCACUGCCCACGGAAGAGGAGGAGGAGGAGGAGGAAGAGGAGGCUGAGGAGGAGGAGGAGGAGGAGGAGGAGGAGGACUCCCAGGCGCAGGGGGAGCAGCCCAAGGAGGCCCCACCCCCACUCAUGCCCCCGCAGCCGGCCAGCACCACCGAGGAGGACAAAAUGCCACCCUACGACGAGCAGACACAGGCCUUCAUUGACGCCGCCCAGGAGGCCCGCAACAAGUUUGAGGAGGCCGAGCGGUCCUUGAGGGACAUGGAGGAGUCCAUUAGGAACCUGGAGCAGGAGAUUUCCUUUGAUUUUGGUCCCAAUGGGGAGUUCGCCUACCUGUAUAGCCAGUGCUACGAGCUCACCACCAAUGAGUACAUCUAUAGGCUCUGCCCCUUCAAGCUUGUCUCACAGAAACCCAAGCUCGGCGGCUCCCCCACCAGCCUCGGCACCUGGGGUGCCUGGGCCGGUCCUGAGCACGACAAGUUCAGCGCCAUGAAGUAUGAGCAGGGUACGGGCUGCUGGCAGGGCCCCAGCCGCUCCACCACUGUGCGCUUGCUGUGUGGGAAGGAGACAGUUGUGACCAGCACCAUGGAGCCCAGUCGCUGCGAGUACCUCAUGGAGCUGAUGACACCGGCCGCCUGCCCGGAGCCGCCCCCUGAACUGCCUGUGGAUGGCGACCACGAUGAACUCUAGCCCUGUUGGGCACGGAGAACUUCAAGACAUGGAACCAGCCCCCAGCCGUGCUGCCCACCCACCCCACAAUCUGUGGACCAAGACCUGCCCCUCUGGGUUUCCUUGCCCUUCCCACGGGGGGCAGGAACCGUGAGAAGGCCCCCUGCUCUUGGGGGACCAGGCGUGACAGAGCCAUGUUCCCAGGCCCUGGUAUUCCCCAAAGAUGGACUAAAGGAGCGCACCCUCCGCAGGCCCCCAGCCUGGUGGUUUAUUGCCCACUCUGCCCUGAACCCCCUACCCAGGGCAUCUGCCUCCCCUCCUGAUGGGGACAGUGAAUUGACUGUGACCUCAAAAAUAAAUGACCCUCCCAACCCA